UGGAUAUACCUUUUCAGGAUGCUCAGCGAUGGGGGAAUGCCUGUCUGCGUUUCAUAUCAUACAAUGUUUGCAAAAAAGAAAAAGAAGCCCAUUAUAUCUGCACCCACAAAUUUUGAGCAUCGUGUACACACUGGUUAUGACAGGAAAGAAGGCAAGUUUGUUGGUCUGCCUCCUCAGUGGGCAAGCCUUAUACAACCACAAUCAAACCGUCCAAAGCCUAUUAUUGAUCCGUCACAGAUCACGCCCAUAGAGAUGAUGGACAUCAAAUCACAUACUAUUGUUCGGGGUAGCUAUGGCGGUAGUUGCAAUACAAUGCAUCGCAAUGGUCCUGUAUCUGUGACUCGGUCUAAUUCCUUAAGAAAAGAAAGCCCACCGCAAAUCAGACGAGACUAUUUGAGUCGACUCCCACCACCUGUCCCUGAAGAUGAGGUGCAUCACAACGGUCCUCAUCCCCCACCAGGUGGCCCUCCAGUUUACCAAGGACAUUAUCCUUACCACGGACACCAGCACAUGCCUCAUCCACAUGCCCCAAGCAGGGGACAUGUUCAUCAUCCGGGCUAUAGGAAUGAAGCAAGAAGGGAUGCAUCUCCGUAUGGUCAAGAAAGAGUGCCAAAAGGUGGGGGACCUCCCCCGUUUGACUCUAUUAACGAUCAUUCUCAGCCUCAUGUCAGGGAUGGUGAAUUCGACCAUGAGCAAAACUAUCAUAUGGAAGUCCCUUCAAAAGUGCCUCCUGCCCCUCCUCCUCACCAUAAUCAACCAAGUCAUGCUGGUCAGCACACAAAUGCUUCCAAUCAUCGCCCGCCAGUUUCAAACGGCAAUCUUCCUGUGCCUCCAAAAUAUUACAAUGACAAUAAUUCUGUCAAUCAACAACCUUAUCCUCAGAACAAUAACAAUCAGUUUGAUCGUACAAACUCAUCAUCUAACAAACCACCUCGUCCUCAGUUUCCUCCAAAUCAGCCACCAAAAGAACCUGCUGUUGUUCCUCCAGAGCCAAAAGAAAAUAAAGAUAUUCCUAAACCAGAUGUGCAACCAUCCAAUAAACCAACAACUGGUCAGAAUCACUUAGAGCAGCAGAGGUUGUCUCAUGAACAAUUUCGUGCCGCUUUACAAAUGGUGGUUAGUGCUGGGGACCCUCGAGAGAACUUGGAAAAUUUCAUCAAAAUUGGGGAAGGAUCAACUGGUAUCGUUUGCAUUGCCUCUGAAAAAUCUACAGGGAGACAAGUGGCAGUGAAGAAAAUGGACUUGCAUAAACAACAAAGAAGGGAACUACUUUUUAAUGAGGUGGUCAUCAUGCGAGAUUAUCAUCAUCCAAACAUUGUGGAAAUGUUUGACAGCUUCUUAGUUGGUGAUGAACUAUGGGUCGUAAUGGAAUUCUUAGAAGGUGGUGCCUUAACAGAUAUUGUUACUCAUUCUAGAAUGGAUGAAGAGCAGAUUGCAACAGUUUGCAAGCAGUGUCUUAAAGCUUUGGCGUUUUUACAUUCUCAAGGUGUUAUUCAUAGAGACAUUAAAAGUGAUUCUAUUUUGCUUGCCAAUGAUGGGAGGGUCAAGUUGUCUGAUUUUGGAUUUUGUGCUCAAGUUUCAAAUGAACUUCCUAAUCGAAAGUCUCUCGUUGGUACCCCAUAUUGGAUGGCUCCAGAAGUUAUUUCUCGUCUUCCCUAUGGUCCUGAAGUUGAUAUCUGGUCCAUGGGAAUUAUGGUUAUUGAAAUGGUUGAUGGAGAGCCGCCUUUCUUCAAUGAGCCACCUCUUCAAGCUAUGAGAAGGAUAAGAGAUAUGCCCCCUCCAAAAUUAAAGAACACACAUAAGGUUUCUCCUCGUUUGCAAGGAUUUUUGGAAAAAAUGUUGGUCCGCGAUCCCUCUCAAAGAGCUACUGCUUGUGAGCUGCUGCAGCAUCCUUUCUUGAUGCAAGCCGGUGCCCCUAGCCUCCUUGUGCCAUUGAUGAGAAGCUUUCGGCACAGUCCAUGCUAACAGUUAAAAUUAUUUCUGCUUUGUGUUUUUAAUAUAAAAAGACGGCAAUACAUUUUUAUAUUUGCUGUUGAUUUUACAUCUUGUAGCUUGACCUCAUGAAAGUUUGCAAUUAGAAUUGCAAGCUAAUGCAAGUUUUUAGUGAUAAAUAUAUUUUUAUAAGCAAUCUGCGUAAUGGCCCUUUUGUGCCAUGUUGUUGUAAAUAUUUUGUGAUGUUUAUCAAGAAAACUACACUAAGUGCUUGUUGAUUUGUUAGCAUAUAAUUAAUGUUGUCAUGAUAGGACUAUAUCUGCACUUCAAGAGAUCUGAUUGAAGAUGUUAAAUCUGUUGUUAACUUUUUUAAAAUCAUAAUCAUGUGCAAAGAGUGGCAUUUUAUUACAUUCCUUAUGUGUGUAUGUAUAAUUAGUUUGUUUUAAUUAGCUUGCUAUUUUAAACACAUACCAAGUUUUCUAUUUUCAAUAUAUAUGUGCGUUAUGGAUGCUAAAUCAAAAUCAUCAUUUAACACCAAUAUUUUUUUCAUUGUAAAAAUAUUAUCAUCACAUAUCUUUGUUUUGUUGUCAAACUUACACAUUAUAUUGCACGCAAUCUUCAAAUGAAAAUACUGUAAAGUAUAAUAUCAAAGGUAGAACUUACAAAAUGUGUUUUAAAAGAGAUUUUGAAUAGUAAACAAAUUGUUGUUAACAUAUAUACUGUACAUUUUAUUUUUUAAAAACUGUAUAUAGUCUAAUCAGAAUAGUAAUCAAUCAUUCAUGUGAAAAUUAUUCCAUCCAAAUCGUGGAAAUUCCGUCCUGCAUUUUUUAUUCUUGCUUUCUUGUAUAGAAUUAACCAUAUUGUUAUUUUUGUAAAUAAUUUGUGGCAGCAAAAGCAUUUUUAAAAAAUAUAUAUAUACACAUCAACUCUUCUGUUGGGAGCUGAGAUGCAAUACUUGCAGCUAUUUUUUAAAGCAGCUAAAUAAGAAUAUAGCUUCAUAGAGUAACAUAUUUUAUUCCUUGCUUUUAGGAACUCUACUGAAUAAUGCUUUCUUUUUUUUUUUUUUUUUUUUUUUUUUUUUUUUUUUUUUUUUGUAGCAGCAGUUUCCAAACGUUUUUCCUUUUGCAAUCCUGUAUUAUGUUUUGUGCUAUAAAUACCACUUGCCCCUCCCACAUUACCAAUCUUACGUAUUCUGUUGUCAAUUCCAACAAAACUGUUCUUGAUAAAUUUUCUUUUCAAUCAGAUAGAAUGAACAAUGACAUGCAAAUCACUUCCCAUACAUUCUAAACAUUCAAUAAAUAACCUGAAGUAGUAAUGGAGUGUUUAAGUUUGAGAAUUUUUACUAUUCUUUUGAGAAAGUGCUUUUUAGAUUGCAAAUAGGGUACUUCAUGUACCAUGAAGUACCUCAUGUACAAAUACAAUCAAAGUAGUAAUCCAACACUAAUCCAUCCAAAUAGUGAAACUUUCAUCCUAUAUUAUUGCUCUUAUUCUUUUGUAUAGAUUAAGUAAAUAGGUUUUAUUUUUGUAAAUAUUUGAUUAAACAAGCAGCAUUUUUUAAUGAUGUACAUUAGAAACUUAAUACAAUGCUUGCAACUUUUUUUUCUUUAAUUAGCUUAAUAGCAAUAGACAUUAAAACCUGUAAGGUUUUAUGUGGUAACCUCUGCACCCUGCUUUUGAAAAUUAUUUGGCUGCCUUUAUAAUAUUGUAUACCUUAAAUGUUCUCGAACUUUUUGUCGUUAUCACGCAUAUUGAAAAAUCUUUCCCUGUUGCAUUUUCUUUUCAAUCAAAUAGAUUCAACAAGAAUCCACAAAUCACAGUUCCCAUACAUUCUACGCAUUAUUUAAUCUAUCUGAAAAGAGAUUAAAAAUAAAGUUAGAAAAUUUUGAUUGUUCUUGAGGGAAAGUGUCUUUUUAUAUUGUUAAUAAGACUUUAAUAAAAUAAUUUCUAUCUAAAUACCCCUACUACUUGAUUUUGUACUAUAUUCCUUAUUUCCCCUGCACAACACACUACAUACUUAUAGGAACAGUUGUUCUACAUUUUCAUGUUUAAUAGAAUUAUUACUAAACUAAUUUUUUGAGCAUAAGAAUGAUUUUCUUUUAUUAAUGUCACGGAAAAGUCAUAACUAUGAAAAUAAAUUAUGAAUUUCAUUAAAAAUACAUAAAACCUUGCAUAGCUGGUUAUGCAUAUUUUAAAUUAUUUUUUACUUUUAUGUUUCACAACUUUUUCCGCAUGUUAUAUUGCUUGUGAUGUUGCAAAUUUCCACAAUAAGUAAACAAAAUUCUAAUUAUCUCUAUUUCAUGUAUAUUUUCGAUUUUUUUUAAAUAUUUUGCGUAGGAGUGAAAUGUAAAAUAAUGUGUUGCAAGUUAAGUGUUAAAACUCAAGGUUUUUAUUCUUGAAGAAUUGCAUGUGGAGAAAGUUGUUAAAUAUUUAAUCUUUUAAUGACUAAAGCAUUAAGCUUUUUUUUUUUUUUUUUUUAAUGUCUUAACUUUUGAAACUAUAAGUUUAUCACUUGUAAACUAAUUAUAUAGCCUGAAACCCCCAUUACUACCUAAAUGAAAUUCGGCAAUGUAUCCAAAUAUUUAAAAUUUAAACUGAACCAAAAUGACUUUUGUUUCACAGGUAUAAUAGCUUUGCAUUUAUGUACCUUUUUGUCUGUAUUUUUUAUUUUAUUGGUUGAUUAAAAAAAUCAAAUAUACAUUCAGAAUUUUUUCAUAAAGGUAUUGCUACUGUUUACAUCACAUUCUUUUCUUUGCAUUUUUAUUUUGAAUUUAUUAUGUAAUAUAUUAUUCUAUCUUUCUUUUGAAAAUCUAUGAGUAUGAUUUAAUUCAUUUUUAAUACUUUACUUUCAGUUUUUUUUUUUUUUUUUUUCUUCCACUUUGAUUUUGAAUUAUUCUGCUGCUUAGAGUUUUCACUCUAUUACCAUUCCAUUUCUUCUCCUCAUACAUUCCAUUUGAAAUUUUGAAACUGCUUUUUUGUGCACUGUGAAUUUAUUUAUUAAAAUUCAAUUCAAGUGUUAUAUUAGUUGAUCAUAUUAAACUUGAAAUAUGCUUUUGUACAUAUUGUUUUCAAGUUUCAACCCCCUCUUAUUUUAACUUUUGUUUUUUUUAAUUGGAAUAUUUUCAAGGCAAUUUUAACUUAUUAAGCAGUAAGUUACAUCUGCCUCUAGCUCGCUCUAUUCCCUAUUCCACACUAAUGAGCUCAGGACGAAACUGCAGUCUCUGGUUGGGAUAACUAGGCUGUCGGUAUAUUUCAUGUAAUUUUAACUUAUAACUCUUGUUAAAGUUUCUUUCCUUCAUGUACAAAGCUUUGACUAAUAGUUUUUAAAGUGUGUAUAUUACUUUCCUCAAUCUUUUUCUUCGAAUUAUCUACCUGAGUUAAAAUUAUUUACAAGACGUAGUAGAAAUUUUAAUAGGACAUUGGAAUUUCAUUUUCCAAAAUCAUACAUGAAUUACGCUCUUCUCCUUGCACUAUUUUUUUUAUUUUCAAUACAUUCUUUCUUUUAUUGCUAUUUUAUUAGAUCUUGAUAAUCUUAAUUACAGUUUAAUUGAAAUGCUAUUCUUUUUGACAAAAGUUUAUUUCUUGUUGCCUUGUUUGUAAAAAAAGUUUUGAAAAUAUGUAAAUUUCAUUUAUAACUUUUGAAUAAUUGUAUAUUUACAUAUCUGAUGUUACCUCAGCAAUAAUAAUUUCAAAAUUUUCUAAUGAUAUCUUGCAAGAUAGUCAUUAUGAUACAGUGUGUUGAUGAUUUUUUUGUAAUCUUAUAUAAUAAAUAUUGAAAUGUUUUGCCUUG